AGCCCAGACCAGUCGUACCUGAGUUAUUAUCCCCCUUGCUCCUCUCUCCUUUUCCCUGACAAACAAACUGAGAGGCUGCCUCGUCCAGACCUCCUCUCCAGAUUUUGCAUCGCCAGGACAAAAGCUCCAGAAAUCCUCUAGCAAAUCUGAGGCAGAGAAACCACCGACAAUGUUUCAAGAGGUGUCACAGACCAGGUUACCUGAGUUCUUGAAGAGGAGGAGAAUAGGAAGCGCAGGAGGAGCAGGACACCACCGGACAUGUCGCCUGGACACAGCGAGUCCUCAGGCUGUCAUCCACGUUGUUGGGACCACUCUGAAGACAAACCUGAGCAGGAGCGCCCCUCCCAACUCCAAGUUCUUCUCUGUGAAGUGCACCCCCUGCGUUCAGUGCAGCAUCAGCCCCCCGCCCCAGGAGACCUCACACCUCUCCCCCAUCCCUCUCAAUGGAAACUCAGUGCUACUCAUCAGCAUGAGCCGCGCCAGCGAGCAUGAAAAUGAUAGCAAGCUGUCUGUCAGGUACUAUGGAGAGAAGACCGAGGUGUUGGGGAGAGCGAUGCUGCACCUGACAGCCGUUGAGAUCUCUCUGGAUGUGGAUGCGGACAGAGACGGUGUGGUGGAGAACAACAACCCUAACAAGGGCUCCUGGACGUGGGGUCCUAAAGGACACGGAGCCAUCCUAUUGGUCAACUGUGACUCCGAGCGGACCUAUAUGAAGGAACAGGACUCCGAGCUGGGCCGCAUCUCCAAGCUGUCAGAUCUGAAGGACAUGUCGCUCAUGGUGCUGAGGACCAGAGGCCCUGCAAAGCUCCCAGAGGGCUACAAGCUCACCAUGCACAUCUCGCAGGGCGACGCAGAGAGCAUGAGGGUGUUCAGGUCCAAAUCCCUCAAUAUGACCAACGCCAUAACGAACUUCGUCUAUAGCAGCCCGUUGAAGGACUAUCCACUGGUGCUGCACAGUGAGGUCCUGUCACAGGAGGUGCCGUACCUCGGCGACAAAGCAGAGAUGAAGUUUUACGUGGAGGGCCUCAGGUUUCCCGACAAGGACUUCGAUGGCCUCCUCAGAAUCAACCUCAGUCUGUUGGAGCCCAUUAGCACAGGGCUCCCGGAGACGCCCAUUUUCACAGACACAGUGGUGUUCCGAGUGGCGCCCUGGAUCAUGACACCCAACACCCUGGAGCCUGUAGAGGUGUUUGUGUGCAGCACAUCUGAUAACUACCAGUUCCUGAAAGGCAUGAUGAAACUUGUGAAGAGCAGCGGGUACAAGCUGAAGAUUUGCCACGAGUAUUUGAACAGAGGAGAUCGGUGGAUGCAGGAUGAGCUGGAGUUCGGUUACAUCGACUCACCUCAUCACCGGUUCCCUGUUGUUCUGGAUUCCCCUCGAGAUGGACAUCUCCAGGACUUUCCAUACAACGAGCUACUGGGUCCUGACUUUGGCUACGUGACGAGGAUGGCCAGGAGAAAGGAUGUGAGCAGCCUGGACUCGUUCGGGAACCUGGAGGUUAGUCCUCCUGUUACUGUGGACGGGAGAAACUACCCCCUGGGCCGAAUCAUCAUCGGAGUGGCUUUCCCCACGGCAACUAAAGGACGCAACAUGACCAAAGUGGUUCAGGACUUCCUGUGGGCCCAGAUGGUUCAGGAGCCAAUCGCCUUGUAUUCCGAUUGGCUCACUGUCGGCCACAUCGACGAAUUCAUGACGUUUGUUCCUGCACCUGACAGAAAGCGUUUCCGGCUGCUGCUGGCCAGCCCCGACGCCGGAUACAAGCUAUUCAGAGGCUUACAGAGCGAUGGCCACGGACAAGCCAAGCUGUUUGACGGUCUGAAAGAUGAAGAAACGAGAACAGUGGACGAUAUACUCAGUGACCUGAGUUUCCAAGCUGAGAACAACUACGUGCAGAGCUGCAUCGACUGGAACAGAGACGUCCUGAAGAGAGAGCUGGGCCUGGAGGACGAGGACAUCAUCGACCUGCCGAUCCUAUUCAAGCUGGAUGAGGAGAGGACCGUGAGCAGAGCGGUGGCGUACUACCCUGACAUGGUGAACAUGAUCGUUCUGGGGAAGAACCUGGGCAUCCCGAAGCCCUUUGGCCCCAAGGUGAACGGUCGCUGCGUCCUGGAGGCGGAGAUGUGCUCGCUGAUGGGGGGGCUGGGCCUCACCUGCACCUUCAUCGACGACUUCGCCUCCUACCACAAGCUGCUGGGGGAGGUGCACUGCGGCUCCAACGUCCGCCGGGAGGCCUUCGACUUCAAGUGGUGGAACCUGGAGAUGUGAACAGGGACUGAGCAGUAGAUGGUGACGGGGGGGAAUAGAGAGGGUUUCAAAUAUAGUUGGAGAUCAAUAGUAUAUUGAGUUAACUUAAGGCUGGACGGAAGUUAUUUUUUUGCAAGCGCCUUUCUUACCACUGAGUCUUAAAAAAUCAUGCAAGUGCCGGUUUCAUCAACAUUUCUUUUGCAGAAAACAAAUCCCAGAGAGGUUCGAUGUUGUGCAUCUUCAUAUUUAUUAAACCUUUUCGUUUGCUUCAUUUACAAAAAAAGGAUGUACAGCAAUAUUUACAAAUCUUUUGAACACGGGCUUAAGCAGACUGUUGACGAGAACAGAAUUACAAUCAUUAAAAUCAAGCACAGAGAAGAUUCACCUCCAAUGUUUUUGUGGUUUGGAUCGACGUUGGCUUCGGACAGUGUUAAGCACAGUUAGAUGAGUGGACCACAUAGUGUGCUAUGAUAUCACACAGCCACAAGAGGGCGUACUUCAUCUACUCAAGCAUUCCUGAAGCCCAGAGGAAGAAUCUUUUGAUCCAUCAUACUUCUAUUUAAAAUCUAUGCUAUAGGCUUUAAUACACACUCGUGUAAUUAUUACCAAAAUAUGUCUAUUUUUGUUUCUAUGCCUUUCUUUUCUGUGGAGUCCAACGUUUCUUGUUUUCAUGAUUUGUGGCUUUAAACAGAUUUUGGUCCAGUGUCUUCAAACGUUUUGUACUUUCAUGUGUAAAAUGUAAAUGCUUAUUAUUGAUUAACUAAAGACAAUAAAUCUCAUGUCCGCUUCAGUUACACAACUGAAAUAAAACAAGUGAAAGUG